AUGCAAGACAUCCCAAUAACCAUCGAAGCGAGCAGCUCGGAAUCAUUCUCAGAAUGCAUUGCAACCCAAGAUCCGGACGAUCUUGGUGAUGAUUUGUCGAUCCUUGCUGCAGACGCGAGUAUGCCAAUAGCAGUUGUGGGAAUGGGCUUCCGAGGACCGGGCGAUGCAACGAACGUUGAAAAUCUAUGGAAAAUGAUAAUUGAGCAGCGAGAGGGGUGGAAACCUAUCCCGAAGAAACGCUGGAAUAACAAAGCAUUCUAUCAUCCAGAUCAUGCCCGCCAUGGGAUGAUUAAUGUGGAAGGAGGACACUUCCUGGAAGAGGAUGUAUCUCUGUUUGAUGCGCCAUUUUUCAACAUGACCAGCGACGAGGCUGCUGCCAUGGAUCCUCAACAGAGGCUCUUGCUUGAAAUAACUUACGAGGGGCUGGAAAAUGCCGGAAUUCCCCUGUCGCAAUUCAUGGGAAGCAAAACUUCGUGUUUUGUCGGAUCCUUCAGUGCAGACUACACCGACAUUCUUCUUCGUGACCCGGAGUGCGUACCAAUGUACCAGUGUACAAACGCCGGGCAGUCUCGGGCCAUGGUUGCCAAUCGUAUUUCUUACUUCUACGACCUGAAAGGUCCCAGUGUCACAGUAGACACUGCAUGCUCCGGUAGUCUUGUCGCGCUACACCUAGCAUGCCAGAGCCUUCAAACCGGUGACGCGUCCAUGGCAGUCGCAGCUGGUUUCAAUCUGAUUCUCAGUCACGAAUUCAUGUCGACGAUGAGCAUGAUGAGGUUUCUUUCCUCGGAUGGACGUUGUUACACCUUUGACGAGCAAGCAAAUGGCUAUGCCCGAGGUGAGGCUGUCGAUUGCCUCAUACUCAAGCCACUAGCCGAUGCCCUCCGUGACCAAAACACAAUACGCGCUGUCAUCCGAGGAACUGGAUCAAAUCAGGAUGGCCGAACGACGGGAAUCACACUGCCGAGCGGUACCGCACAGGAAACUUUGAUCCGCGAUGUGUAUCGACGGGUGGGUCUAGACCCGAAGGAAACCGAAGUUGUUGAGGCCCAUGGUACCGGCACACAGGCAGGCGAUCCAAUAGAAACGGGCGUGAUUUCUCGAGUGUUUGGAUCCGACCGAGGCCCUGGGCAAGCGAUUAGAAUUGGUUCCAUCAAAACAAACGUUGGACACCUCGAAGGUGCGAGUGGGGUGGCGGGUGUCAUCAAGGCAGUCCUCAUGUUGGAGAAUCGUAUGAUUCUACCAAGUCGUAAUUUCAAGACACCAAAUCCACGGAUACCGUUGGAGAAAUGGAAUCUCAAAGUCCAAUUAACCCCAGAACCAUGGGAAGCACCCGGGCCCCAUCGGGUAUCUGUCAACAGCUUCGGAUACGGAGGAAGCAAUGCUCAUGUCAUCAUGGAGGAUGCUUUCGGGUAUCUUGCAAGUCGUGGUCUCGAGCGAUGGUUCCUGGGGCCAUCAAAUCUGUUUCAAAAUGUGCACGUCGACGUACCACAGCCCAGGCGGCCAUCACAAAAGCACAGAAUGUUCAUGGUAUCUGGAUUUGACGAAUGGGCAUGCCACGAGCAGAUCAGAAGACUUCACAAUUAUCUUUCGACCAAGCAGACAUUUAUGGGUGAUGACUUCUUGGAUGAUCUCGCCUUCACACUCAACGAACGCCGAUCUCAAUUUAUGUGGAAAACCGGGGUCAUCGGGACUUCAGUCCCUAACUUGAUUGAUUCACUAUCUGGUACCAUCAAAAUAAGAAGCUCUGUUCGAAUCCCGACUUUGGCAUUCGUAUUCACAGGCCAAGGAGCACAGUGGGCUGGCAUGGGAAGGGAGCUACUUCAGGCCUAUCCGGUAUUCCGGGAGUCAAUAUCGAAAAUUGACACCUUUCUGGGGACGGUUCGAGCUUCAUUCAGGGUCUACGAUGAAAUGAUCACGACUUCAGAAGAUUCACACCUGAGACAUCCUUUGCUCAGCCAGACCAUAUGUUCAGCUUUACAAAUCGCCCUUGUUGACCUUCUGGCGUCAUGGAGUGUGUAUCCAGCUUCAGUUGCAGGCCACUCCAGUGGCGAAAUUGCCGCAGCAUAUGCAAGUGGCGCCUUGAGCAUGGAAGACGCGAUGAGUAUAGCGUUCUACCGCGGCAUGGCUGCCUGCCAAUUACUGACAGCCCAAGUACACGGUGGCAUGAUGGCAAUCGGAAUGUCCCCCGAGGAAAUUCAGCCCUACUUGACAAGGUUAGAGUCUGGAAAAGCCGUAGUUGCCUGCAUCAACAGUCCCUCCAGUGUGACUGUUUCCGGGGAUACAGAUGCGAUCGAUGAAUUGACCGAGGCCCUCAAGGACAAUCCAGCUUUUAGCCGUCGCUUAAAUGUGGAUGUUGCUUAUCAUUCUCAUCACAUGGAGCUUGUCGCCAAUGAGUACUUGCAUUCAAUAAAUCACAUUGCACCGAGGAAGCCUCAGAACCCCGACAAUCAAAUUUCCUUUUUCUCUUCUGUCACUGGUACGGAGAUUCAACCGGAUGCGCUUGGGCCUCCAUACUGGGUGUCGAAUUUACUUGGCCAGGUCAAGUUCGCCGAGUCGGUGAAGAAACUUUGUUUUGAAACUAACACUCGGCAUACCGGAAUCGGAAUCUCUGCCGGCAGGCGGGUAAAAAGACUGGGCGCUGCUCAGAAACCCAUCGUUGAUCUUAUCCUCGAAAUUGGCCCGCAUUCGGCUCUAUCUGCUCCGGUGAAGCAAAUAAUUCAGGCAGAUGUGAAGCUAAAAGCAGCCGAUAUUGAGUAUGCGAGCGUCCUGGUGCGAAAACAAGAUGCCGUAUCGGUCGCACUCAACGCCAUGGCAAAAAUGGCAUCCCUGAACUACUCAUUACGCUUUGAAUCAAUCAAUCGUCAAGCAACGAGUGAGAAACGAAUCCCACGACUUCUAGUGGAUCUACCCCAAUAUUCAUGGAACCAUACUAGAUCAUACUGGGUCGAGCCCCGCCUAAGUAAAAUGUUCAGGAACCGAGAGUUUCCACGAACAGAUCUCCUCGGAGCACCGGAUAACAUGGCCUGCCCAUUCGAACCACGUUGGCGAAACUACUUACGCGCCUCGGAGAUACCGUGGCUCAUGGACCAUAAAGUUCAAUCUGAUAUCGUUUUCCCUGCUGCAGGAUACAUAUGCAUUGCCAUCGAAGCGGCUAUGCAAUUGGCCACAGAUAUCGGUGAAGUUGCGGCGUUUGCUUUGCGGGAUAUUUCAAUACGAUCGGCAUUGAUUAUCCCUGAAACCAUUGGCAUUGAGAUCAUGACAUCGUUGCGCCCUCUUAGUGAAGAAAAGCCCGAUCGAUUGGAGCGGAGGUACAGAUUUCAUGUAUACUCGGUGUCGAAUGAUAACCGAUGGACCGAGCACUGUACCGGGGUUGUCGGGGUGGAGAUAAAGCACGACGAUACUGAUGAAGCGAACCCCACCGACCUUGUUGGUUCCGCGAUGCUCCCUGCGAGUGCGUCGGCGAGCAUUUCAAUAAUCGAUGUGGGUCAACUUUAUGAAAGGCUACGACAUGUUGGCCUGGACUAUGGUCCUUGUUUUGCCAAUUUGGCCGUGGCGCAUACAACGGAGAAUGGUGCAUGUUUUGCAGAAAUCACACUUCCCAAUAUUGCAGCUGCAAUGCCGAUGCAGUUCAACCAUCCACUACUGAUCCACCCAUGCACCUUGGAUAGUAUGUUCCAUGCGAUUUUUGCCACGCUGGCAGAUGGUGCGUCUCUUGAGAGAGGGCCCCUGAUACCUGUUUCCAUUGAGAGUAUGCGAGUGGCAACCUGCAUAGUCUCAUGUGUUGGUGAAGUAAUAAGCACGUGUACACAUGUUCAAACAAGUCCAGAUGAUUCGGUCUUGGCAUCCAUUGUCGCGGCGGACAGCAAUAAUCAAUUAUGCAGCUCGAAGCCUAAGAUAUUCGUGAACGGGCUCCGAUGUAAACGACUUGACAUUGGGCCGAAUGAUUUCAAACGGUCAAAAUAUGUUCCGCUUGUCUAUGGCAUUGAGUGGCAGCCCGAUCCUGCUUUCUUGCUCGGCUACGCCUUUGCUGGUCAGAUUUUGGAACGGCAUGGAAAUGCGGAAUCGGUGAAGCGAUCCCCACUGCGAGAGGAAUGUGAGGACUACACGUCUUCUCUCGUGAAUGACAUCCUCACGAGAUCCAAUCAACAUGAUCGGAACAGAAGCGAUAUUGUUGUAAACAAGUAUAGAUCCAGUCUCGCAGAGCUCCUUCAGAGAGGCGAUGCUCACCAAGGAAUAGUGAACACCGCAAAGAUAGACGAAAUCAAAGAAAGACAAACUCCCCAGUCCAUGGCCAGACUACUCCGCGCCAUCAGAGCGCAUAUAUCUUCAAUAUUCGAAGACGACGAAAAAGAUAAUCAAGAAAGCAGAGCCGAACUAUGGAAUGCGCACUGGGAGGUCCUCUCCACCGACCAUACAUACAAUUGUGCGUCCCGAUAUCUCGACUUAAUUGGUAAUAAAAAGCCAGAUAUCUCAGUUCUUGAGAUCAGCGAGGGAACGGGCCAGCCAUGUAGAAUGUUCUCACAGCGCCUCGUGGCAGGAUUAGAAAGUCAAAAUCGGACACCACGCUGCAUUAAAUACACGAUCACAUACAAAGACAAUUCAGAGCUUGACAAAAUCAAGUCGAGCCUAGCGCCUUGGUCGGAACUAACAAGCUUCACGAAGCUCGAUAUUGAGCGCGAUAUCUCUGAACAAGGACUCGAGAGCCAGCUCUACGAUGUGAUAAUUGCCCCACAUGGCUUUCACUCAGUGCGUUCCAUUCAACGUGUCCUAGCUAAUCUUCGGUCAAUGUUAAAGCCAUCGAGCUAUCUUUUGAUUAUGGAUUAUUUCAACCCAGAGGGAAGCAUUCUGGAUGCGUUGAUGAUUAGUACACUGUACUUGUGGCCGGCAGAGAUCCUCCAUUCUCCCUUCAAGGACAACAUGGAAAGGAACGAGUUAGGUCAGGCGCUCCAAGACGCAGAGUUUACGACAUACAAUCUUGGAGAAUCUGGUCCUGCAACUAGCAGCGACAGAUUUACUGUCUCACGCCCGCGGAGGGAUAUGGAAUCCAGGAAGAAACGAUUUACGAUUAUUUCUGAGAAGGGUCAUGAUGAGCCUGUCGUCGAGUCUCUGCAAGGCAAUCUCGAAAAGCUUGGAUGCAAACUCACUCUGACGAAUAUUGCGAACGUCCAAGCCAAAGACGAGAUCUGCGUGGUAUUAAGUGACAUGCAAACACAAAUAUUCGGGAGCAUGCAGUUUGACACAUUGGAAAAAGUGAAAGAUAUAUUUCUUCACAGCGCCGGAGUCCUCUGGGUCACUCGUGGUGGAACUGUUGACUCUAGCUGUCCAGAAGCAGGGCUUGCCUCUGGAUUUUCUAGAACGGCUCGCUCAGAAUCAGGCGCUGGACCCAUUAUCACGCUGGAUUUGGAUUCAUUGAAUCCUCUUCCAGAUUGUCGUGCUGCCGAGGUUAUACUCGGAGUGAUUGAAGCACAUUUCAUCCAAAGAGGAAGCACUGCUGAGGAUACAGAGUACGUGGAGAGGGAUGGUGUUGUUUUGAUUCCCCGAGUGAUUGAACGAGAAGAAUUCAAGUCGGAUAUCAAGCAAGCCGAGCGAGAAGAGAAAUAUUCCGAGCAAUCAUUCCGACAGAAAGUCUGUCCAGCUAGGCUAUCCAGCGCAGAUGGGAAUCAACCACAACCGUAUUUCACAAAGGAUUGCGAAAUGGCCGAGAUUCCCGCCGGGCAUAUCGGGAUCGAAGUGCGGGCCUUUGGACUGAACGAAUUUGACAUCUUCCAUGAAUCGAAACUGAUAAACACUGGCAGUACCCUGGGACUAGAGUGUAGUGGAAAAAUCUGCGCACUGGGACAAGACGUUGAAGGCUUCUCGAUGGGAGAUCGGGUUGCCUGCUUGGGGGUGGGAACAGCAAGGACUUUUUAUCAGAGCGAGGCAUCCGCCUUCCAAAAGAUAAACGACAACACGUCCUACGAACUUGCAGCGGCAUUGCCCGUCGUCUAUACAACAGCAUACUAUGUCGUUCACUACCUGGCCCGAAUCCGACCACACGACACCGUCUUAAUACAAGAUGCUGCCUGCUGGUAUGGUCAGGCAAUAAUUGAAUUAUGCUGCAUGCGAAGCGCUGCAAUUAUAGCAACGGUAGAAAGCAAGAUCCAAAAAGAGAUAUUGUCAAAUCGCUUCCGAAUCCCCCCCCAUCGUGUGCUUAUUGAUGAGGGAAACAUUCCUAGGAGGAUUUUGGAGAUCACUAAUGGUCAGAAGGCAAACGUUGCCAUUACAUUCUCUGCAACCGAAUCCUCUAGCUUACAAGGGGUCUGGAAAUGCGUUGCUUCUUUUGGACGUUUGAUCCAACUUCGGACCCGCGAUAUCCAAAAGGAAGAUGAACACAAUUUGUUCUGUCCGGUAAGAAACGUCAUGUUCUCGACGUUCAAUAUAUAUCAAUUUCAAAAAGAAAGAUCGGAUAUCACACGUCACGUAUUUGGAAAAAUAGUUCGGUUUUUACAUGAGGGGAGAAUCUGCGGGCCAUCGUCGUUCAUGGUGCAGAAAGUGGGAGCAAUAGAGGAGGCUUUCAAUGCAAUACCUUCUGAGAAACAUGUUGUGGUUACAACAGAAGGUAAUGAUGAUCUGGUCAAAAUACUGCUUCCAAAGGACAAAAGCGACUUGUUCCGAGGAGACGCAUCAUACAUUCUUGUUGGUGGCCUUGGGGGGAUCGGGCGUGCAAUUGCUCUGUGGAUGUCAGAUCAUGGUGCAAAACAUCUGAUACUCGUUAACCGAAGUGGGCUGUCAGGAGAGGCAGCAAAAACAACAGUAAGAAAUCUUCAAACCAAACACAUCACGGUCACGGUGCACGCUUGCGAUAUCACCAACGAAGCCGAAGUUGCCCAAAUGUUCGUCGCUGUAUCCGAGACCCAACCCCCUAUUCGCGGAUUGAUACACGGAGCCAUGGUGUUAAAGGUACCCGAGACCCGUGCAAGCCAUUCCAGAAAACAUAAUGACGUCCACAUCGAAAAAAUGACCACCGAAGACUACAAUACCGUCCUGCGACCCCGAUACAACGGAACUUGGAACCUACAUAGACACUUACCAACAGAUGUAGAUUUCUUCCUCAUGCUCUCAUCCAUCAGCGGCAUCAUAGGAAACGCAACUCAAUCCGCCUACGCCGCAGGCUCCGCAUUCAUGGACGCCUUCGCAGCAUACCGGAACGCGAUGGGCCUUCCGGGAGUCUCAUUGGAUCUCGGCACGGUCACCGAUGUGGGAUAUCUGGCUGCGAAUAAGGAACUUGCUACCAGGAUGCAGAAUCAAGGGUUUAAGGGGACUGAUACGGCGACUUUGUUGUCGCUUGUUGAAUUUGCUAUCUCGCAGCCUCCUACAGGUGGCAUGUCACAAAUCGUGACGGGGUUGGGGGAAUGGAAAGAUGGUGAUUCCCUGGGUAAUUUCGACGCGCCGCUUUUUGCACAUUUUAGGCGCCGAUUCCAGGGCUUUGAGAGUGGCGACUCGGAGGAUGCCAUUGGGGCAUUGAGGGAUAUGUUACGGGCGUGCAAAACGAAGGAAGAGGCUAUUCCAAUUGUCUUUGAUGCGGUUUGUGGGAAGAUUGCCGCACAACUUGAUAUCUCUGUGGACAGGAUCGAUCCACUGACUCCGCUUUCCGAGUUCGGGGCCGACUCGCAUGUGGCUGUUGAGCUGCGAAAUUGGAUAUCGAAAACCUUGGAAAGCACCGUGUCUAUUCUUGAGAUUCUGGCUAGUGUCUCAGUGCUUCACCUGGCAGGGCAGAUUUCUGACCGGUCACGACUGGUCAGUGCGGAGAAUAAUGAGCAGUGA